GAAAGUGUCUUGAGAAAACAUGGCGGAGUAAGAGAAAAACAAAUUCACCGAUGCUUCUUGCCAACGCGUGAAACUCUCCGACCGCAGGACAUGUAGCGCGGCUUAAACACACUUUACAGCGGUACAAAUCUGAAAGUGUCUAAGGAUGGAGGCCUCGUGUCUGGAACUGGCUCUGGAAGGUGAGCGUCUGUGUAAAGUGGGAGAUUACCGUGCGGGCGUCUCGUUUUUUGAGUCCGCCAUCCAGGUGGGCACUGAAGACCUGCAGAUUCUGAGCGCCAUCUACAGUCAGCUGGGCAAUGCCUACUUUCACCUGCACGACUACAAUAAGGCUCUGGAGUACCAUCGGCAUGACCUCACACUCACCAGAACUAUUGGAGAUCAGCUGGGAGAAGCUAAAGCCAGCGGUAACCUUGGAAAUACAUUGAAGGUUCUCGGUCGCUAUGAUGAAGCAGCAGUUUGUUGCCAAAGACACCUGGAUAUUGCCAGGACGCUCCAUGAUAAGGUGGGGCAGGCUCGAGCGCUCUAUAAUUAUGGGAAUGUGUACCACGCCAAAGGGAAGAACAUAUGUUGGAGUGGGAUGGACCCUGGAGAAUUUCCAGAAGAGGCACACAUCGCGCUGAAGAAAGCGACAGAGUUAUAUGAAGCGAAUCUGGCCAUUGUGAAAGAGUUGGGCGACAGAGCGGCUCAAGGCAGGACCUAUGGUAACCUUGGCAACUCACACUAUUUGCUUGGAAACUUCCAGGAUGCUGUUCUUGCACAUGAGCAGCGUCUCCUCAUUGCAAAGGAGUUUGGAGACCGGGCUGCAGAGAGGAGAGCAUAUUGCAAUCUUGGAAAUGCAUACAUAUUCCUUGGAAAGUUUGAAGUCGCUGCAGAGCAUUACAAACGGACUCUUCAGUUGGCGCGUCAGCUGAAGGACCGGGCAGUGGAGGCUCAGGCCUGCUACAGUCUGGGAAACACAUACACACUCCUGCAGGACUACGAGAGAGCCAUCGACUAUCACCUCAAACAUCUGAUAAUCGCUCAGGACCUGAAGGACAGGAUUGGUGAAGGAAGAGCCUGCUGGAGUUUAGGGAACGCUUACACCGCUUUGGGAAACCACGAACAGGCCAUGAGCUUUGCUGAAAAGCAUCUGGAGAUUUCCAAAGAGAUUGGAGAUCGCAGUGGGGAGCUGACAGCCAGAAUGAACGUCUCUGAUCUGCAGUUAGUUUUGGGACUGGUGCAAAACAACUCAAACCCUAACAGCUCUGUGUUAAUUGGGAGUCCGGCCGCUGACAGCAGUCUGACCGACGGACGAUCCAGAGGAAGCCGGAGACUCAGCAUGGAGAACAUGGAGCUCAUGAAACUGACCUCAGAGAAAAAUAUGGGUCAGAGCUCUGAGGAGACUAAAACCCCUCAACAAACCAAAUCGCCAACCAAAACAACCGUAGCCAAGACCUCUUCCAAGCUUUUCUUCAUAAAUCGCUUCAAAAGUAAAAAGCACAGACCGAACGGCUCAAGCCUCGGUUCACCUACUGAGAAUAAUAACAACAGCAGCAGUAGCAGCGGCACUCCUUCAGCACCUCUGGAAACACAGUGUGCUCCAGACACUCUGGGUGACGAUGGCUUCUUUGACCUCCUCAGCCGUUUUCAGGGGAGCCGUAUGGAUGACCAAAGGUGCUCAUUAGAGGACGGCACUCGCCGUGUUCCUGCCCCUUCCUUCCCCUGUGAAACCCCGUCUGUAGCCUUAAGGAAACCUACUUCCGCGUGCGAAACCGAGGCCUCUGCACAGCCAGGACAUUUUCUAGACCUUCUGGCCAGUUCUCAGAGCCGCCGGCUGGACGAGCAGCGGGUCAGUGUGGACAGUCUGCCGGGUCUCCGUCUGGAUCAACGCCACAGCCAGGACGUCCUCAGCAAACUCAUGGCCACGGGCAAUAGCAGAGAGGCAGAUGAAGACUUCUUCGACAUGCUGAUUAAAUGCCAGGGAUCCAGGCUGGAUGAUCAGAGAUGUGCUCCUCCUCCUCCUCCAACCAGAGGUCCUACAGUCCCUGAUGAGGACUUCUUCAGCCUCAUUCUUCGCUCGCAAGCCAAACGCAUCGACGAGCAGAGGGUCAUUUUACCGUCAGACUCCAGACCUGUUCACACAAACCCUGACUGACCGGCUCCUUUAGCAAACCUGAUGUUUUGGGUAUUAUUUAAAGAUAUUAAUCAUGCACUGCACUACAUUUUCUUCCUCAGUGUUUGAUCCAAAUGAAGAUGUUUACUUGAAGCUACAUGUUUACUUUUAUAUCAAAUCUUUAUGCUUAAAUACUUUUCUUAUUCCACCUUUUUUUCCUCAUUAGAAGCAUAAAAUAGUAAGAUUUAAAUAUUUGUAGGGGAAAAAUUAAAGAUUAUAUUUCCAUAAUUCUGACUUUAUUUCUUGACAUUAUUAUUAUUAUUUUUUA